UACUGUUUCCGUAAGACGCGAUAGUCCCCGGAGUGCGAUAUAAGAACGGACGCGGCAGUCCACAAUUCGCACUUGUGCAGGUCUUCGAGCGAGAAGCACCCGGUACAACACAGCAGCCAUGAAAGCCUUCGUUGCCAUCGCUCUCCUGUCCGCUGCUUCGGUGGCCUAUGCCGGUUCGAAGACAGAUUCUCUUGGCACCCCAGGUUUUCCGGGCGGUGUGGGCGGCCCUGGCAGUGCCGUCGGGUCGCUUGGGCCCAGCAAUGGCGCCUCAGGGUUCCCGUCUCUUCCCUCACUAGGUUCACCUGGAGCAGGGUCUUCGGGAUCUGUGGCUAGCUUCCCUGGAUCUUUUGGACCUACCGCCGGAUCUGUAGGACGACCGUCUCUUCCCUCACUAGGUUCAUCUGGAGCAGGGUCUUCGGGAUCUGUGGCUAGCUUCCCUGGAUCUUUUGGACCUACCGCCGGAUCUGCAGGACGACCUAGCUCAUCAGGCCCCGCUGCCCGUUUCCCGAGUGGAGGCUCUUAUGGUCCGUCAGGCUUUGGACCUUACGGUUACGGACCCAGUUUUGUCCCUGGUUAUUACGGAAAUGGCGGCUUCGACGGUUUCUACGGCAGCGGCUUUGGCGAUGCAGGUUAUUACGGCGGCAGUUUCGGUCCAUUCGGCGUCUACGGCCCUAGCUUUGCCCCCGGCUAUGGUCCCAGCUUUGGCCCUUCUGGCUAUGGCCCUGUUAACGGUUUUGGCUCAUCUGGCUUUGGCCCUUCUGGCUUUGGCCACCCUUACGUUUUUGGCUCCGGCUCUAGCUUCGGCUCUGGUUUUGGCCCCGGUUCCAGCUCUGGUUCCGGCUCUGGUUCCACCUCUGGAUUCGGCGCUGGUUCCGGCUUUGGUCCCAGCUUUAGCUCUGGUCCUGGGGUUCAGGGAGGCAGCUUCGGCAAUGGCUUCGGCUCUUACGGCCCCUCGUUUGGUUCUGGCAGCUUUGGUGGCAGCCUUGGUAGCUCUGGAGCCUCCCAAGCAGCUGUACGAGGAAGUUCACGUUCUAGCGCAGGAAGCUCCAGCUCCUCUCGCCAAUAAAUAAUGGAAGCCGCAAACCUACACAUCCCUUAAAAAGCAGAGUCUUUGGUGGCGCUUUCCCAGUGAUCUAAAAGAGCAAGAAAGACUGCCAACACUAUCUGUGGACAUUUUCCCGCCAUGCAAUUCGCAUAAUUGAACAAUAAACGUAAUAUUCAAAUUUGC